AUGAUCAUGAUGAUCGUGAUUACGAUUAUGACAAUUAUGAUGAUCAUGAUUACGACUAUGGUGAUUAUGAUCAUGACUGCGAUUACGAUGAUUAUGACUAUGGUUAUGAUGAUUAUGAUCACGAUCAUGAUUAUGAUGAUUAUGAUCACGGUUAUGACGAUGAUUACGAAAAAUAUGAUUGAUUAUGACCACGAUGAUUAUAGUCGUGAUUGUGAUGACCAUGAUUAUGAUGAUUCUGAUUAUGAUCGCGAUUAUGAUGACUACGAUUAUGACGACUACGAUUACGAUAAUAAUGACUAUGAUUAUGAUGGUCGUGAUGAUCAUGAUUACGAUUAUGAUGAUCACGAUCGUGAUUGA